AUGAAUGAGAUGCAGCAGAUCAAAGAGGCUUUGCUUGCGAUGCUGCCGGAAAAGUCACCUUCGUUUGGAGGAGAGGACUUCAAGUUCUACAUUGAAACAGUGAUGCACAUGGUAAACGUCACCAUGCGUGCGUCGCUCGAUGAGCAAUUCCAGGCUGACAAGGCCUUGGCAGCCAAUGCCUUUGGCCACUUCGAGACCUGCAAGAAGAUUCUGGUCACAGGCCUUUCGUGGCCCAACGCUAUCUUGGAGGGUGGCAGUCACGGGGAUGAGACCUAUAGUGGCCUCUGGGUCUACCAAAAGGCACACAAGGUCUGCCGCGAUGUCCAGAAUCAAAAGAAGAAGAUCUACGAUGACUGCGUAGAUGAGGAAAAGCGUGUUGAGGAGGAUUCCCAGAAAGACUGCAAGGCCAAGCUGGAGGCUUGCAAGCCGAGGGCUGGCGGUGGCCGAGGGGAGUAUAGAAAUACCACCAAGGAGUGCGACAUGCGACAGGACAGCUUAGAUGCCUUGUCGUGUCAGCAAGCCCUUGGGCGACAUGAGAGGUGUGGGGACUACGACCAUUGCUAUGGAGAAGCAGAGUACGACUUGAAAGCCAUGAAGAUUUCCUUCUGUGGUCAACAUGGCAAGGAGGGUGCCCUGGAUGAGGAGUUGGAGCAAAUCGAGCAGAUCGGUUGCGUCAUCACCGCGUUGACCUCCUCAGAUCCCAAUCGGAAGGCCGCACAGUGCUUGAUGAAUGCCACGAAGCGAGAUGGAACUUUUACCUUCGCAGAGUGUAAGAAGGACAAGCCGGAAAAGGAUGAGACGCAAAACUGCGGAAAUCAUCUGAAACCCUUGGAAGACGCAGACAUGGCGGGAACCGGCCCCUACGAGGAGAAGUACUACAAGGGCUAUCCCAUGGGCAACGCCACGAAUCCGGACCACCUUCCUGCGGUGAAUGUCAAGGCUUGCGUGGCUCCCUGCUGCAUCAAAGCCGCCGCCGCGGGCGAAGGCAAGCAGCGCGUGGCGCGACGCAACGCGGCAAACCUUACCGACAUCCACAACUUGAAGGAGAAAUGCAUCACACCCAACAGGACGGAUGAUGGCUACAUCGUGUAUGAAGGCUCCCUCUUCAUCAAGCACUUCCACGUGCAAGCGCAAUGUGCUGAAGGUUACAAGGGCAAGGCCAUGAUCACUCCCUGCAGCAAAUCGGGUCAGCCCUACAAGAUCUCUGGCUGCACUCCGAAGCUGUGCUUAACACCACCGGAACUGGAGAAGCAGGACUACCAGGUGUCGGAGCACUCGUUGGAGAUGCGAUUCUUCAGCGUGAUGGCGCAGUGCAAAGGGUUGGGCAAAGCUGUGGUGAAGCAAUGCAAGAGUGACAUGGAGCCCUAUGUGAUUUUCGGAUGCCUGCCAUUCACCUGCACCACCAACAAGACCAGCGCGGAUGACGGAUAUCAAGUGUUUGAAGCCUCCAAGCGAUUGGACUCGUGGGACGUCACGGCCACUUGUGCUCCUGGUUUCGAGGGGACGGCCAAGGUGAACAAGUGCGAGAAGCCCUUGACGGCCUACACCUUGUCCGGAUGCAGCCCCAUUAAGUGCGCCAUGGCGGUUCAUGAGGAGCUUCGAGACUACGAUGUGACCGUCACGGACAUGCACGUCCCCACCUUUUCGGUGGAUGUGAAAUGCAAAGGCGUAGCCGAAGCCGGAGUGGUGCCAGCGGCUGUUCCCUGCUUCAAGAGCAACGAGCCGUUCAAGUUGAAGAACUGCAAGCCGAUGGAAUGCACAUCUCCUCGCGCUAGCAUGGAAGAUGGCUACAUUGUGUACGAAGCCUCCAGGCGGAUGGAGAAGUUCGACGUCAAGGCUAGCUGUGCCAAGGGCUACAAGGGUACGGCCAUCGUUGAGAUUUGCACUGAGCCCGGGGGACCCUACCUGCUCAGCGGCUGUGGUGCCAAACGCUGCAUAGCGCCGGAAGCAAAGGCCAUGAAGUACUACAAGUUGGAGGUGCUGUCCAGGGAGCUACCCAGCUUCAACGUGGGCGCCAGCUGUGCUGAAGGAGCCUCUGGUGUGCCACAGGUGACUCCCUGCCGCAAGGAUGGGGGCACCUUCAGCCUUUCGGGCUGCGAGCCGGAUGCCUGCAGGUCCUUCCCUGUCGAUGACUUCAAGUCGGGCUAUGUCGUGUUCGAGGAAUCCCUGCUGUUGGAGGACUUCAACGCUGUUCGGAAAUUCCGAAACUGCACCGAACUGCAGGAUGGAUUUGAGGAUACCAACUUUUUUACAUGUCUUUUUCUGGGUUGGUUUCUAACAUCAAAUCAACCGGCCGUGCUUUCAGCUGGCAGUUGGCUCAAGCUCCGUGGCGUUUCUUCCUUCUCCCCACGCCACGCCAUGACACGUCCCUCCAAGCAGUCCGAACCGUGCGAGCUCAGCGAGCUUAGCCCCGAGCUCAGCCCCGAGCUUAGCCCCGAGCUUAGCCCCGAGCUCAGCCCCGAGCUUAGCCCCGAGCUUAGCCCCGAGCUAGCGGAGUGGCUCCACAAGAGCUCAGCCUCAGAGGAGCACAUCGCAGCCCUAGAGCUGCAGGAACGCUCCGCGAGCUGCGCCGGCAUGUCGGUCUCAAAGGGAUGUCCGGAGGCCGUGUGCGAGCUGACCCUGAUCAUCGAAGAGAUCUUUGCAACUUUGGAUAAGUUCCAUGCUGCGCCAGGUUGGGUGCGGCUCAGUGCGUUGCUGCAAGGGGGUGCGCUUCUGGAGUCCCUCAGCUUCAGCGCGGUGGCAUCGCUGCUGUCCGAAGCGGAGCGCAAGACCACGCUGACGGCACUGGCGGCGCUGGCGUUGAAGUUUUCGUCCACUGAACUGGCGCAGCAUUUGACCAGAUUCCCCCGAAAUGCAGUGCAGAGGCAGAUGCUGCUGUAUUGCCAACAUUUGCACUGUGAGAUCGGUCCUUCGGUGGAAGCCUGGCUUAGCAUCUAUGAGACUCGGCUGCGGGAGAAGCGGCCCAAGGCAUCUCUGGCGGCACAGUGGAUCAGUGAGGCGAGCCGCUCUUCGGUGGCACUGAUGAUGCAGAAGGGCCAGAAUGAGGUUCCGCGGAAGUUCAGUCUGAUCCACUUCGUGCACAACUACACGCGUUGCCUGAAAGUCUGCAAAGGCCGUUUGGGCGGUUCAAAAAAGCUCGAGCGCCAUGAGUUGCUUUGGGUCGUAGGCUGUGAGAGUUUCGAAGCACUGCUGGGGAUGACCUCGGUCCCAAAAGCUUGUAGCAACAGGAGACUGCCAGCAGGCAGUGCUGAAUCCAAGUCCGCCUGUGGCGCUGCAGAUCCCAGACCCAAUUUCUUGAACACUGACGACUGGAUGGCCCCACGCGGCAUGCCGCUCAGUGCUGGCUGGUUUGGGGCCACCCUUCCUCUGCUGUACCCGGUACCCCGCACUGAGAAGGAUGUGCCUUACACCUUGACGGGCUGCGUUCCUACUACCUGCACCUUGCCCAGCGCUGAGGCGGCCUAUGACUACGACUAUGUUCCCCAGAGCUUGUUCAAACCCAGCUUUAGCGUGUUGGUGAAGUGCAAGAGUGGCGAGGGUCAAGGCCUGGCUACGGAGUGUGCCGCAGAUGGUGAGCCCUUCACGCUCUCCGGCUGCGUGCCGAUUCCAUGCCUGUCAUCCACCAAGGCCCAAGACACGGGCUACGUGGUGGUCGAAGAUUCUUUGAACCCCAAGGAGUUCAAGGUCACUGCCAGCUGUCAGGAAGGUUACAUGGGCCGGGCGAAGGCCAGCGUGUGCCCCAAGGGCGGCUACGACUACAGCCUCAGCGGCUGCACGCCCAAGAAAUGCACAGCACCCAGCGCGAAGAGCCUCCAUGCCUACGAGGUCACAGAGACGAGUUUGGAAGUGCCAAGCUUCAACGUCUCGUUGAAAUGCAAGGGCAAACCUGCCGGGGAAGCCGGGGAAGGAGGCAAACCCAAGGCUACCGUCUGCCAAGAGAACGAAGAGAUCUAUGCUGUGGAAGGCUGUGCUCCGCUGGAAUGUGCCACCAUGCCUCGGGCAAACCAGACAGGCUACAAAUUGCUGGAAGAUUCCUUGGAAAUUUUGGAAUUCAACGUGGAAGCCGAAUGCGACCUGGGCUACCACGGGGAACCCAAGGCGGAAGUCUGCGAGGAGGAAGGAGGGAGCUACACUUUGUCCGGCUGCUCUCCAAUUGUGUGUGUGGAGCCUCCAGCAGAGGAGACCUACGAUUACAAUGUCACGGUGAAAUCCUUGCAGCUCCCCAGCUUCGACGUCUCGGCCAGCUGCAAAAGUGGCGAGGGUCGCCCGAAGGUGGAGCCCUGUCGCGUGCAUGGCCAAGCCUUUCACGUGAGCGGCUGCAAGCCUCAGGCCUGCCUCUCCCCACGCAAGAGCGUGGAGCAUGGCUACGUGGUGUACGAGUCCUUUCUCUCCUGGGCCGAUUUCGAUGUUGUGGCGCAGUGUGCGGAGGGCUAUCAUGGCAAGGCGGUGGUGCAGAAGUGCCAGAAGGGAGGAGAACCUUACACCCUCUCGGGCUGUUCUGCCUUCACGUGCAGCGAGCCCAAACACGUGCCACAUCGAUAUCAGUAUCACGUCUACUCCUUGGCCACGCCCAGCUUUAGCGUCGCAGUGCGCUGCCGUGGGCACAACUCCAGUGUGCCCAAGGCCAUUCCUUGCAAGAAGGAGGGCGAAGCCUUUACCCUGUCAGGCUGUUUGCCAUUGGAGUGCACAUCUCCUUUGAACACGACAGCAGCUUUGGGCUACGUGGUGCAAGAGAUCUCGCGCACGUCUGACAGCUUCCAUGUGACAGCCAAAUGCGCAGAGGGUUACAUCGGAAAAGCUAAGGUGGACAUGUGCACCAAGCCGGACACGGCCUACAAACUCUCAGGCUGCCGGCCAAUGGUGUGCGUCGCACCCAAGGAGAUUGAGACCUAUAGCUACGAUUUGACGGAGGGCUCCUUGGAGGUGCCGAGCUUCAGCGUGACGACCCGCUGCAAGACCAAGGCGCUCACGGGGCAAACGCCCAAGGCAAUGCCCUGCACGCAGGAUGGAGACACCUACACCCUGGAAGGAUGUUAUCCUGCUAGCUGCACCUCUCCACACAAAGAGGCCGAGGAUGGCUACAUGGUGUAUGAGGGCAACAAGCUGAUGACCCGUUUCGACGUGACGGCCACGUGUGGAGACGCCUAUGAAGGGGUGGCGCAGGUGUCUAUGUGCAAGGAGCCUGGGGAGCCGUAUCAACUGAGUGGCUGCUUCCCUGGAAACUGCACCGUUCCCAGCAAGAAGUAUUCAGAGGCUUACAACCUCACGGUCUACUCCCUGCAACGUCCCAAGUUCAGCGUCACCGCGCAGUGCGCCUUUGCGCCGCACCUCUUUGGCCAGGCGGUGCCCUGCAAGGCGGACCAGGAGCCGUUUACGCUGCGGGGCUGUCCCCUGGGCGAGUGCAAGGCACCGGACAAGGCGAAAUUGGAUGCCGGCUAUGUUGUGUACGAGGCCAACCGACGCUUGGGCACCUUCAACGUGUCCGCCCAGUGCGCCGAUGGCUACCGCGGCGUGGCAGUGGUUGAGGAGUGCUCGGGACACGGAGAGGAAUACAAGUUGAGCGGCUGCAAACCCGAGAAAUGCCUGGAGCCAAGCGAGGCUGAAAAGGAAGCCUACAACCUCACCAUCUACAGUACCGAGCGGCCGGGCUUCAGCAUCACAGCGGCCUGUCGCUUCACGGGGGGCUAUGGCAGAGCAGUGCCCUGUACCGAGGACGGAGGGACCUACACCUUGGAGGGCUGCUACCUGGGCUCCUGCACUUCUCCCAGAGCCCAAGCCGAAGCCGGCUAUGUGGUGUUUGAAGCCAACAAGAAGAUCGAAAACUUCACCAUCCACGCCAAGUGUGCCGAGGGAUACAAAGGCGUAGCGGAGGUGACGAAGUGCAAGAGCAACAACGAGACCUACUCCUUGAGUGGCUGCAGUCCAGAGGUCUGCGCUGAACCAGGGGAGGCUGAGAAGGAGGCGUAUGACCUCACGGUCUAUUCCCUGGAACGGCCCAGUUUUAGCGUCUCUGCGAAGUGCAAAUAUGGCGGCUGUGCGGUGAACGUCACUGCCUGCAGUGGAGAUGGGAUGCCCUACAUUCUCAAGGGCUGUAGCCCUGGAGGUGAUAUUACUCAGCAAGAUCCUGACAACGAGGUCCUUGAACCUUUGGACGGCUAAGACUCGAAAGACUCGAGGCUCGCAACGCGGCC